GACCUCCUACCCUGAAGGGGCGGUAUGAGCCAGGAGCGGGAGCUGGAAGCACCCUGGGAUCCUUUUGCUGGUGCCUACAGUCAGCUCUGCCUCUCACGUGCUCCCUCCCCAAACACACACUCACCUAUUGUGGCUAUGCCCUACCCUUUCACCAGCCUCCUCCUCCUCCUUGUUGUGCCCCUUUCCCAGGCUGCAAACCAGUCCCCACUGCCCCUUGGCUCCCUGCCUGCUGUCCCUACCCUGCCCCUCCUGCAGGCCCUGCAGAUGGCUGUCACAGGCACUGCUGUGCGGGGCUGUGGCAGCACUAUGAGAGAAAAGGGUGCUGCACAGCACCUCCUGCACUGUGCUAAGAGGGUACUGGUCACUGCUUCCCUGCAGCGCUGGUACUUGCAGGCCCUCACCUAUCAUCUGGAGGGCCAGCCAGAGGCUGAGCACCUCCUCAGAGCCACUGUGGUCUACCUGCCCAGUCUGUCACUGGCCCAUGGUCUUCUCCUCUGUGCUCUGGAGCUGGUGGUGGCUGGCGAGGCGCCCAGGGUGCUGCUCAGCCCUACUGCCCGUCCUCGUCACGGCUGGGCCGAAGUUGACAUCACCCCUUACUUGGCACUGGGGAACAGCAGCGUGGGGAGCCUGGCACUGCAGCAUGUCUGUGUGCGUGCUGGCCGAGCAGGAGGCCAUGAUGCCCCAGUGGCCCCUGGCCAUCCUUUCCUCCUUCUCUAUCUUAAGGAUACCCAGGCAGGGUUGGCACCUCUGGCAGCAGAGCCACACCGACGUGAUACAGGGAUGUUGGCUCAUGACCUGCCCAACUACCUGCAGGAGCAGGGAGGGGAGAAGAGUGACUGUUCCCUCCACUCCUUCCCUGUCAGUUUUGCACAGCUGGGCUGGGACCACUGGAUCAUUGCUCCUCACUGCUACAACCCACGCUACUGCAAAGGCACCUGUCCCCACCUGCUUCGCUAUGACUGCCAUGCACCCAACCAUGCUGUGGUGCAGAGCUUUGUUCAUGUUGUGGAUGCCAAUGUGCCCCGGCCCUCCUGUGUGCCCUACAGCUACAGCCCUAUCAGUGUCCUCAUGAUUGAGCGCAGUGGAGCCAUACUGUACAAGGAGUACGAGAAUAUGAUUGCAGAGUCCUGCACUUGCCGGUAAUUUCCACUGCCCCAGCACAGCACCCCUGGGCUCUGCCUCUUCCUGCAGAUCUGGACUUCAGGGUUUAUCUUGCUCUGUCUGGGGCUCACUUGGCUCAUCUCCCUUCCCCAUGCAGUGCUGCUCCGUGGGGAGGUUUUACAAUGACAAUUUUAUGUAAAUUGUGGAUUUUUAAAAGCAGGAACCUGUGCUGGGGUGGUUGCCCCAUGGCAUCUGUCCUUCCUGCAGCCCCCAUGGCUGCUGCCUGGUUUUGGUUGCCAGGGGGGCUCAGCCUGUUGUUCUCAGAGAUGAGCUGUGUCCCUAAACUGGAGUACAAAGCUCUUAGGAGGUGGCUGGGAGUCUCCUGGUGGAGCCAGGGCAGGGAGGGUAAGAAGUCCAGGUGUCUCUGUGCUUUGCAUUUGACACAUUGGUGGUGUCAGGAUCUCAUGUGACCCUGCCUGUGGGUCACAGCUGUGGCAUUCGUUCCCAACUCACAUGCACCCCAUCCCUAUCUAGUCUCAGCUGCAGAGGCAUCUCACCAGGCUUAGAAUUUGGGCUAGAGGGAGGAAGCCUCUCUCCUCCCCUGCAGUUCUACUCUGGAAAGGCUAUAAAAAACUGGAGGGACCUGAGCUGCCAUCUCUGCUUCCAGUGCUAGAGGCCAAGGCAGCUGCCUGUGCUAGGCUCUGCCUGCUGUUUCCUGUGACGCACUUGUUCUUCAGCUCCUUGGCUUGCCCUCCAGCAGGGCUCAGGUCUUGUUCUAUCCCAGAAGUUGACUCCCAUUGCAGAUGUCUCUCUACCUUCUUGCACUCUUGCUGUCACACAGGCCUUGGGCUCUGCUGGGGUCCUGGCAUGUCCCUGUUCCCAGAAGGGUCAGUCCUGCUCUCA